AUGGCUAAUCGAACUGUCAAAGAUGCUCAUACGCUUCAUGGCACCAACCCGCAAUAUUUGAUAGAGAAGAUCAUAAGAAGCCGAAUAUAUGAAUGCCAGUUCUGGAAGGAGCACUGCUUUGCCUUAACGUCCGAGCUCCUUGUCGACAAAGCUGUGGAGCUGAAGUACAUUGGGGGCACAUACGGUGGCUUAACCAAACCAACUCCUUUUAUCUGUCUAGUCUUGAAAAUGCUCCAAAUUCAACCUGAUAAAGAUAUUGUCAUCGAAUUUAUUAAGCAGGAAGAUUACAAAUAUGCAAGAGCACUUGGUGCAUUUUAUUUGCGCCUUGUAGGAGAAUCAGUGGAAAUCUAUAAGUACUUGGAGGCCCUUUACAAUGACUUUCGUAAAUUAAAACAACAGGACACCACGGGCAAAUUUUCGAUCAUACGCAUGGAUGAGUUUAUUGAUCAGCUACUUAACGAGGAACGAGUCUGUGAUGUAAUCUUGCCGCGGCUCCAGAAGCGCUCCGUUCUCGAGGAUAAUAAUGCUCUUGAGCCGCGCCAGUCGAUUCUUGAUGAGGAUUUGGAGGAAAUAAACAUUAAUGAGGAGCUUGAGGCUUCUCAAGAGGUUGAUCAGCAUGAAGAAAAGGAACGAAGGGAUCAGAAACGCGAAAAACAUCGCGAUCAGGAGGACGAUGAGGAUAGUAGACGCCAUCGCAAACAUCGUCAUCGUGAUCGAGAUCAUGAGUACGACAGGCGACGUGAGCGGGAUGAGAGGGAUAAAUGGGACAGACGACGGCGAAGUCGCAGUCGUUCACGUGAUCGUCGGCGCGGGGAUCGCGAGGAUUCUACAGAUCGCAAACGCAGUGGCAAGGAUCGCGAUCGAGUUCACCGUCAUUGA